UCAAAUAAAAUUUCUCGAUUUGCAGCAUCGUGCGGGUUCUACGUACUAGUAAUUUUCUAGAAAGUAAAUCGGCGUGCUCACCCAGUGACCGCUUCGUGCUUCUACUAGUGCUCCCUCCCGCUCCACCCCCGACCAUCGACCAGCUGUUGUAGAGUUCCUUCCUCCUCCACCGGGACCCAGUUACUGCUCCUGGCACACCGCCCCGACCAGCUGUUGUUCCAGCCUCCUGUCCUGCCCCAACCCGACCAGCUACAGCUGCUGCUCUGCCUCCCCCUCCACCUCGACCGCCUGCUGCUGCUGCUGCUGCUCCAGCUCUAGAGAGAAUCGAGAAAAUUGAAAUAGUACUUCAUAUUCCCGUACUCGCUGGGAAACGAACUCAACGUAGCAGGCGCAGUGUCAACGUGUUCAACUAGGGGCGGGCAGCAAAUUGUAUAAGGAAAAAUAUCGAACGUAAAGGAAACGCUCAGACUUUUUUUAUAUAUUAACGAUGGUUCUUCUUCGGUCCGAACUGCUUCUGGAAUUCCUAAGCUGGGAAUGAGAAUGGCAGCGGUGACGGCGACUUUGGCGGGGAAGGUAGGAGGCGCUGUGCAACAAGCAUCAAGGAAUCGGGCGGCAGGAUGGUGGCACGGCCCUCACAUGGCUGCCACGCGCUAUUACCGAACGUAUCCCGCUGGUCGAUCUCAUCCUCGAAGUCAGAGAUGCUCGGGUCGGAUUCCGUUAUCGUCUCAGUUUGAUCAACUAAAGGACCAACCACCUUCAUCUAAGCGAGUCAUUGUGUUGAACAAGAUGGACCUUGCAAAUGGGGCAGAGGUCAAGGAAUGGAUGAGUUAUAUGGAGCAUCAAAAGCAAAUAUGCUAUGGAGUCAAUUCCCAUAACAGGGAUAACAUUAAGAAGGUAAUCAUUGCUUGCUUUCUGUACUUGAGAAACCCAAUUAGCCUUCUUUGGAUUGAAGUUGGGCUUCUCAGUGAAUAGGGCGUUGGACCUUAUAUUCGAUGGUUAGGGUGUUGAACUCUAAGUGCAUUGCGUCCUACGAGUUAGGCUCGACUCACAUGGACAAAUAAGUGCUGAAGAUAACACGCAACAUGUUAAUAACAAACAAGGUGUUUGCUAUUGUCAAGUGUACGUGUUUUAACAAGUUGUUUAAUCCGGGAUAUUUUGGCAUGCAAAUCCUACCCUAG